CACAACGAUUGAUGGGGAAUUCAUGCUUGAUUGAUGGCUUGGUUCCUUCACGGUCUAUCGUGCACGCUAGCAGUUCUCGUUUUGUAUGCACACCGCUGGAUACGAGUACUUGGUACCACACACAGACACAGACACCCCGCUGCUUCCAGACCUUUUGCAGGUCUUUUCCUUUCUCGCGGCUGUCAAACGGAAACCACAAUCCAAACGAGAACAACAUACUUCCCACAAAGAACGAACAAACAAAGCUUCUCCAAUAUCCUAUCUAUCAUGCUGCACACCGCCUUCAAGCAAGCCACACGGUAAGUAAAGUCUUGCUCCAUUUUGCAAGAGAAUGCUUCGGUCAAGCCAUGGUUCUUCUCACGAAUCUGGCGUGUCCCCGAGGAACAACUCUGGCAAUGGCCUUCGAUCUGCGGGCACUAGGUACUCUGGCAUCGGUGGGAUUCGAAGUUUGUUGCUUAAUAGAUCUAACUGUUGUCCUCUUGUCAUGUCGUUCACGGAUGUACCCCAACUCCGCCGCCGUGCGUUCGGUUGUACUCCCCCUCCCAUUGCCCCGCACACCCACACGCACAACACAACACAACACAACGUUCCAGCCUCGCCCUGCGGAAUUCCCGGCACCGGUGGGCCUCGACCACUACCCCCGCCUUUGUCCGGGCCAAGCGGGCCAGCGCCCAGAAGGGGAACUUUGGGAAGACCUGGCUGUCCGAUCCCGCGACCUACCCCAUCAUCGCGGUCAUGGGAGGCGCCCUGGCCCUCCUCCUGGGCGUCUCUGGAUCUUGCCUCCUGUACAAUCCCGACGUCCAGAUCAAUGCCAACAAGCGCGGCAGCAUACUCCGCGAGUAGCCCAGCGAUCGAACGAGCGGCCCGGUGCAGCGGGGCGGGAAGCAAAAAGAUCGAGGCCUGGCGAGGCGACGCCUUUUCCGAUUCGUUCCUUCCCUCGUUCCAAAAACGGUCGAUCAUAGAACGAAUCAAUCCCACUGUUUGUAAAGUAAUUACGAAUUGUUUCUAAAAGGUCGACAGCGUUUACUCUACUGAAUAAUACUUCUUUGAUUUG